AGAAGCCAAUAGGACGGCUUGGUCUCGAUCACAUACUCUCUCUCUCUCUCUCUCUUCUUCUCGCUGCCUUUUCUCACGAGCAGAAUGAAUGUUAUUUUCCUGGUCGCAUGUUGUGUAUGUUUAGUGGUUGCACGCCAGCAAUAUGCAAACACCGCCGCCACGCCCAUACCUAUCCUGGUGGACCAAAGGAUACCCAUCGACCAGCUAGGAGGCUACGGAUUCAAGAUCCAAACAGGAAACGGCAUCGCGUGGCAGGAGACAGGAGCCGCGACCUCCAAAAGCGGCCAGUACACGUUCACCCACCCCGACGGCACUCCCCACACCCUCUCGUACACCGCGGGCGUGGGCGGCUUCCAUCCAGUGUCCGACCUUCUCCCGACGCCUCAUCCUCUCGAACCCUGGCAUAUCGAGCAGAUCCGAUUCGCUGAAAGCCAGAGAGCGGCGGCGGCUUCGGCUUCAGGAACAACGGCUGUUUAGAUUAAGGAAUGAAAAGGUCGUCUUUGUUUUAUGUUGGUAAUGCUCAGUUAUUCUUGAUUUUUUUUUCUA